AUGGUGCAACAGCACAAUAGUUUGCAAAAACAGCUUCUUGUUGACACCUUAGAACUGUGUCCUGGCAUUGCUGACGUCAAUAGUGGAAUCAAGAAAGUACUAAUUGUUUUUGAUGAUGUGAAUGAGAGCUCUCAACUUGCUAGUCUUUUGGGAAAGAAUGAUCAGUUUGGCUCUGGAAGCAGAAUCAUAGUUACAACUAGAGACAAACAUGUUUUAAAUGCUCUUGGUGUUGAUGGGUUUUAUAAACCCUCACGUUUGAAUAAUGUGCAAUCUCUUCAACUUCUCAGCAUUCAUGCCUUUAGAAUUAUCUUUCCUCCAGAAGAUUAUGUUAGUAUCUCUAAAAAGAUCGUGUCUGUAACUUUUGGGAUUCCCCUCGCCCUUGAGGUUAUAGGAUCAUUUCUAUCUGACAAAGUUUUAUGGAUAGAUACAUUGAAAAAGUUGAAGAACAUACCGGACUUUGAAGUCCAAAAAAAACUGAGCAUAAGUUAUGAAGCACUAAAUUAUGAGCAACAACAAAUAUUUCUCGAUAUUGCUUGUUUUUUUGUUGGGAUGGAUAAAACAUAUGUAUCUUACAUGUGGGAUGGUUGUGACUACAAUCCAGAGAAGGAAAUAAAUGUUCUAUGUCUAAUGUCUCUGGUAAAAAUAGGAGAUGAUAAUUUGUUGAGGAUGCAUCAUCAACUUAGAGAUCUAGGAAGGGAAAUUGUUCGUCAAGAAAGUUUCAAGAAUCCAGGCUAUCGUAGUAGAUUGUGGAAUCACAAGGAAGCCUUGGACAUAUUGGAGGGACGGAGGGGAACAGAAAAGGUUGAAGCCCUGAGUCUUCACUUUGAAUUAAGGCCUGAAAGGAAGCCUCGCUUUACGAGUGGCAAAUAA